AUGAGAACGAUCAGUGAGAAGCCAGUAAUAUCAGUAAUAUCAAAACCGAAUUCCAAUGUUUCGAAAAAAUAUAGGUCUACGCCUAAGGUGAAAAGGGCACGAAAAUAUUUCAGAGAAUAUUGCGAAAGUUCGGGGAUCCAUGGCUUCAGAUAUUUGGCAGAAAAACGGUCACUAUGUGAAAGAUUAUUGUGGGGAAUUAUGAUAAUAACUUCAAUAUCAUUAUGUUGCUACCUCAUAAGCCGCAUCUACAAAAAAUACGACCAGAGCCCUGUGAUUGUCAGUUUUUCUACAAAGGAAACUCCGAUUUUUACUAUACCUUUUCCUGCUGUGACCGUCUGCCUGAUGACCAAAUCGGUUAGGACAAAACUCAACUAUACAAAGGUCAUUCACAUGAAAGAGGACAACGAGACUGUCUCUCCUGAACAGGAAUUGAAAGCACAGUACUUGUCGCUAAUUUGCGAAGAAGGUAUAGAACAAUUUCCAGACAACAAAACAUUUGCCGACGACUUUUUCGAUAAACUUCAUGAGAUGCAGAUACAAGUUUCUACUGUUCUUCCAUGCGUAUUUAUGGGAAAGCAAAGACAUUGUUUGGACAUAUUUAAACGAAUAAUUUUGGACGAGGGGAUAUGCUACACGUUUAAUAUGUUGGACAGGGACGAGAUUUUUAGAGAUAAUGUGGUCCAUUAUUCAGAUUACCAUAAAAAUGAAAAUGCCAGCGAAUGGAACAUAGACGAAGGUUAUUCAAAUAAGAGUAAGGUGGACACAUACCCAAGAAGGGCUUUGCUUUCAGGAAGCGACAGUGCUCUUGAAAUAAUGUUUCUCCAAUCGAGGGCCGAUAUUGACUACUUAUGCGUUAAAGAUGUUCAAGGAUAUAGUAUUGUAUUGCAUACACCCCACUCUAUACCCCAAGUGAAACAGAGAUAUUUCCAAGUCCCCUUCGACACUUCGGUCAUAGCUGUCAUCCAGCCGAAAAUGAUGACGACUUCAGAAGAAGUCAAAAAGUAUGACCCCAUUGAUCGAGAAUGCUACUUUACCAACGAGAGACCGUUGAAAUUUUUCAAAAUCUACACCCUCGAGAAUUGCCGGUUAGAAUGUCUAACCAACUACACUUUGAAACGAUGUGGUUGCGUCAAUUUUUUCAUGCCGAGAGACAAUGAAACAUCUAUUUGUGGAAACGGAAAUUUCAAUUGCAUGAGAAAUGCCGCGAGGGAGCUAACAGAAAUAGAAUUAAAUAAUCUCAUAAAUGUGGAAGAAGGCAAAAAAAGUGACAUAUAUUGCGACUGCAUGCCCCUUUGCACAGAAUUAUCCUUCGAUAUGGAGCAGUCUCAGACCGUUUGGAACUGGAAUAAGCAGCUUGAAGCUGUAAGGAUACCAGAAUUUAAGAAAAUGAGGAAACACAUUAUAAUUGCAAAACUUUCUGUAUUCUUCAAAACCGAACACUUUCUAACAUCGCAGAGGAAUGAAUUAUAUGGACCGACGGAUUUUCUUGCUAACUUUGGAGGAUUACUGGGACUGUUCACAGGAUUUUCAUUAUUGUCAUUGAUGGAAAUUAUUUAUUUCCUUACUGUGAGGAUAUUUUGUAAUAUAAGACAGUACAGAGUGUGGACUGGUGCUAUGGAAUAG